AUUCAGUUUGAUUAUUCAUUUUCUAUUCAUAAUAGGCAUCAAAUAAUCUAGAAAAAAGAGGACAACGGACUAUUAUUCCAGAAUGUUCCAAAAGGAAAUAAUGUAUGAAUUGCUAGAAGUUUUCCAGAAACGGCCGGCAUUGGAUAUUGGAUGAUUUGAUAUUUUUCAUUCAAUAUUGGCGAAAGUUUUCCCUCUGUACUUUAUCAAGAAGUAAAUUCAAAUGAUACCUGUAGAGAAAAAAAUUUCAUUUAUUGGAUUCAUUCCUAUUUUAUUUUUCAAAGAAUUUUUCUUCAUCGGAUUGACUUGACGUGUCCUUAACCUCAAAUAUUAACAUUGUAGUGUAGCUCAUUUGUUUAUGGACUUGGUUAAGCAUUGUUAAUUGUAGAAAAUGACUAAUUCUAAUAACAACAGUAACAGUCCUGCAAAAGAAGAUGAUGCGGAUUCUAGGAAUUUACUCAAAAAUCGAGAUUACUUAUAUCGCCUGAUUAUAAGUCAGUUAUUUUACGAUGGACAUCAAGCAAUUGGAACAAGUUUAACAAGUGCUGUUCAGGCAGAUCCUCCUUGUCCUCCAAGUGAUCGUCUAUUUCAUAUUGUAUUAGCUGGUCUCGAACAUGAGCCAGAGCGGAAGGAUAGACCCCAAAACGCUGGAAUCGGAAGCAAUAACAUAGGCCCUGGGUUAGAUCUAGAGUUCGAAACAGAGAGUAAUGCUCCUGCUCCGGAACCAGCUCUAUACGAAACCGCAUAUGUCACAUCCCACAAAGGCAACUGUAGAGCUGGAUGUUUCUCAAGUGAUGGUCAACUCAUAGCAACAGGGAGUGUUGAUGCCAGUAUCAAAAUAUUAGAUGUUGAUAGAAUGUUAGCUAAGUCAGCCCCAGAUGAAAUGGAUCCUUCAAGAGGAGAGCAGCAAGGACAUCCUGUGAUAAGAACACUGUAUGAUCACAUGGAAGAAGUAACUUGUUUAGAGUUCCACCCUAAAGAGACUAUCUUAGUUUCUGGAUCUAAGGAUAAUACUAUAAAAAUGUUCGAUAUUUCGAAAGCCAGUGUAAAGAAGGCUUUUAAAACUAUAACGGAAGCAGAGCCAGUCAAAGGAAUUUCUUUCCAUCCAUCUGGAGACCACCUCUUAGUUGCAACAAACCACCCGGUGGUUAGGUUGUACGAUGUUAAUACCACACAGUGUUAUGUCAGUGCUUUCCCUAAUCACCAACAUACCAGUACUGUGACAUGGGUGAAAUGGUCCCCAGAUGCAAGGGUUUUUGCUACUUGCAGCAAAGAUGGCAGUAUAAAACUGUGGGAUGGAGUUUCUAAUAGAUGUAUAAACACUUUCAUCAAGGCACAUGAUGGUUUGGAAGUUUGUUCAGUUGCAUUUUCCAAGAAUGGAAAGUAUUUACUAUCGGCUGGAAAGAAUUCUAUUUGUAAAUUGUGGGAACUUACAACAAGUAGGUGUCUUAUAGCUUAUACUGGAGCGGGAACUACUGGCAAACAAGAGUAUGAAGCCCAAUGUGUGUUCAACCAUACAGAGGAUUAUGUCCUAUUUCCGGAUGAAGCCACCACUUCGUUAUGUGCAUGGAAUUCAAGAAAUGCGUCCAGGAAACAAUUGAUGUCUUUGGGGCACAAUGGUGCAGUAAGACUCAUUGCUCACUCUCCAACUCAAGCGGCAUUCCUCACCUGUUCUGAUGAUUUCAGAGCAAGAUUUUGGUAUCGCAGGACCCCGACUCUCUAAGUCUAGGGGACCAUGCUCACAGAACCAAAUUUAUAGUUUGAAUUUUAAUUUUUCUGAGUUCUAUUUGAUUGUUUAUCCAAUCAAUCUGAUUAGAAAUGAAGUAUUUGAAAGAAUGAGAUCAAGAAAAUGUUCUUGUGUUUGGGCCGAAUGAAUUUAUAUGUAAUUCAUACGAUGUCUGUAAAUAUGAGAGAAUGUAUGCUGUUUGUGAAUAAAAAAUUUUUAUACGAG